AUGCACUUUAUCCUUUCUUUUAUAUUGAGCCUGGCGUGGCUGGCUAACGCUACCUAUAUUCCCUCCUUGGCCAAGGUCAAUGCGGCUGACAUUGCUACUCGUGAUGUUAACGGAUAUCGUUCCGUAGCAUACUUUGUGAACUGGGGUAUCUAUGCUCGCAACUUCCAGCCUCAGGACAUCCCCUCUGAGAAACUAACCCAUGUUCUCUACGCAUUUGCCAAUGUCCGAGCCUCUGGUGAGGUGAUCCUGUCGGACCCUUGGUCGGACACUGAUAAGCACUACCCUACCGAUUCCUGGACCGAUACCGGUAACAAUGUCUAUGGCUGUAUCAAGGAGCUUUUCCUACUCAAAAAGAAAAACCGCAAACUUAAGGUUCUUCUGUCGAUCGGAGGCUGGACGUAUUCUUCUAACCUCAGGCUGGCGUUUGAGACUGAAGGGGGACGCCAGAAGUUUGCUGACAGUUCUGUCGAGCUGCUGAAGGACCUGGGCUUCGACGGUAUUGAUGUUGAUUUUGAAUAUCCUGGAAAUAACAACGAAGCGGACCAAUUUGUUGAUACCCUACGCCGUCUUCGUGAGGCCCUGGAUUCAUACAGUUCCGCCAACACAGGCGGCUAUCAUUUCUUACUGACCACUGCAUCUCCUGCUGGCCCUUCCAACUACCUAAAAGAGCACCUUGCCCAGAUGGAUCAGUAUCUGGACUUCUGGAACCUGAUGGCCUACGAUUACGCCGGAAGCUGGGACACCGUUGCCGGCCAUGGCGCCAAUCUGUAUGUAUCCAACAGCAACCCAGCCAGCACUCCCUUCAAUACGGACCAAGCAAUCGAUUACUACACCUCGCACGGAGUAGCCUCUUACAAUAUUGUUCUGGGUAUGCCUCUGUACGGCCGGGCCUUUACUGACACUAGUGGCCCUGGCCAACCUUAUAACGGUGUUGGUGUUGGUAGCUGGGGGGAUGGUGUAUGGGACUACAAAGCUCUGCCUCAGACCGGCUGCAAGGUCACAAAUCUGGACCAGGAAGCUGCUAGCUACUGCUAUAACUCGGGGUCGCGUUUGUACAUCAGCUAUGAUACCCCUGAGCUUGCGCGUAAAAAAGGUGAGUAUAUCAAAUCCAAGGGGCUUGGUGGUGGUAUGUGGUGGGAGCUUAGUGGUGACAAGCAAGGUGAUGACAGUUUGAUUACCACGGUUGUGAGUACCCUUGGAGGCACUGGUGCUCUGGACAAGAGCCAUAAUCAGUUGAGCUAUCCUAUUUCCAAAUACGACAAUUUGAAGGCCUGCUUUUGGCCUUUAACAACUUGUGUGCUCAAUAAUUAA